AUGGCUACAACUCUCACUCUUGGGCUGCUUCUCAUAACUUUGUCUCUCCAUCUCACAGUCGGUCAAAUCGGGGUCAACUAUGGUCGUAUAGCGAACAACCUGCUUCCUCCGUGGCAGGUCGUUCAGUUAUUCCAAUGGUACAACAUCCGCCGCAUGCGCAUUUACGACACCGACCCAGAUACCCUCGAUGCCCUUCGAGGCUCCGGAAUCGAGCUCACUGUCGGCGUCCUCCACGACGACCUCGAGUGCCUCGCCAACUCCCAAUCGUGUGCCGACAAGUGGGUCGACACCAACAUACGAGCCUACUCACCCGACGUAUGCUUCACGCACAUCGUGGUCGGCAACGAGGUUAGCCCGUCGGACCCACAAACCGCGCGGUUUGCUCGGUUCGUGCUCCCGGCCAUGCAAAACAUAUACAACGCCGUUUCUGGCCGACCGGGCGGCCUCAACGUCACCACCGCCAUCAACAUGAACAUUCUCGAGAAUACGUACCCGCCGGCGGCCGGCGAGUUCCUAGCCGACGUGGGACCAUACAUCAACCCGAUCAUCCGGUUCCUCUCCGACACGAGCGCCCCGCUUUUCGCCAGCGUGUACCCUUACUUUGCGUACAUCGAAAAUCGAGCGAACAUCGACAUCCGGUACGCUCUACUCGACCCGGGAUUCCCGGGGAUCGUUGUCCCCGGCGGGAUUCUUUAUCGGAAUCUUUUCUAUGCGAUGAUUGAUGCGGUGAUUGCUGCCGUCGAGAAGAGCUUGGCCGUGUCGUCGUUGUCGUCGCCGGAGGCGGCAACCGGUGAAAUUAGGAUGACGUUGGAGGUGAAGAGUAGUGAGAGCGGGUGGUCAAGCUCGAGGAAAACUAGGCCGCCGGGGUGCGUCACGCCAGAAGACGAUGACGUGGCGAACAGGAGGAACGCGAGAGCUUACGUCAACAACUUGAUACGGGUCGUCAAGUGCGGGACUCCGAUGAGGCCCGACCAGCCGAUAGAGACGUAUAUAUUUGCGAUGUUUGAUGAGAACUUGAAGCCGGGGAAUAAGGAGGAGAGGCAUUUCGGAAUACCUCCACGCAGGGCCGAUGGCAGCGAGCGCACGGGCGAGGAAAACCUAGGAGCGGCCCGAUUUCGCAGUCCACAACAAUCUGAGGAGGGUGUUGAUUACCAAUUUCGGGCCAGUCGCGCAACCCUAGGUGGCUAUUUCCGGCGAAAUGCAUCAGGCUUCAACCAUGAAUUUCGUAGACGAGGGCCCGAUCGAGAGGACUCAAGCUUCACUGGGCUCGGACAGCCGCGCCACCGCUGGGACGACGGGUACGAGGCGGCAGGCUAUGGUGGCGCAACCCGACGACGCACGAAGGCGAUUUCCGGCCACGCGCACAACGGAGGCCAGACGGAGGGCGUGCAGCGGAUUGGGAAUUGGACGGCCGACGCGCCGCUGAGGAAUGUCCCGAUGGACCUGGGCAUGACCGGCGAGGCACCGACGCCGGAUUGGCAGAGGCGCAGCGACGGGAAGGGAGAGGUGGAAGGAUUUGCGAUUUGUGCGUUGUGCAGAGAGAGAUCGAUGGGCAGCGACGCGAAGUAG